AAAGUAAACAGUUACUUGCAGGAAACCCAACUUCCUCUUUAUGCUUGCAUUAGUGCUCUGACAGUAAUGUUAAAGCUGAGAACUUAAUUCUCUUUUUCGGAACAAGGGACACUUGGUCUCUGAACAUACACACAUGCAGCUAAGGGUGUUGUGUCUGUUUGCGUGGCAUCUUUUGAUCUUUGUGGUUGCUGGGCAUUACAUCUCUGACCUCAAUGAGCAAUGGGAAAAAUGGAAAGACAAGUAUCAGAAGUCUUAUGGCAAUAAGGUAGAGGAUUUACACCGGAGAAUAGUGUGGGAAAAAAAUUUGAGACUGGUGCAUAAACAUAAUGAAGAAACCUCCACUGGACAACACUCCUUCACCAUGGGAGUAAACCAUUUGACUGAUAUGACAGCUGAGGAAGUUAACAUUUUGUUGAAUGGCCUGAAGCAAGAGGACCUGAACCAUGACAACUGGAUAUCAAACCCUUUGAUGGACAUACCACUGCCAAUGAGUGUGGACUGGAGGGAGAGAGGCAUGGUCAGUCCGGUCCAAAAUCAGGGAAUGUGUGGAUCCUGCUGGGCAUUCAGUUCCAUAGGUGCACUUGAAGGACAGAUGAAGAGAAGAAAUGGAAGCCUAGUUCCUCUCAGCCCCCAGAACCUGGUGGACUGUAGCACCAGGUUUGGCAACCAUGGCUGCAAGGGGGGCUACCUCUCCAAGUCCUACUUAUAUGUCAUCAGCAACAGAGGCAUUGAUUCUGAAAGCUUUUAUCCUUAUGAGCACAAGGAUGGACAAUGCCGCUACUCCACACAGGGAAAAGCUGGAGUCUGCUUUGGCUUUCACAUCCUGCCUCAGGGCAUGGAGGGAGCCCUGCAGGUGGCUGUAGCCACUGUGGGACCUGUGGCCGUGGGCAUCAAUGCCAUGCUACCGUCUUUCCACCAUUAUAGAGGAGGUUUAUAUAAUGAUCCAGCGUGUAGUCCCAAAAUAACCAAUCAUGCGGUGUUAGUGGUGGGCUAUGGCAGCGACAAGGGGCAAGACUUCUGGCUUGUGAAGAACAGCUGGGGAACUGGAUGGGGAGAAAAGGGGUUUAUCCGAAUUGGCAGAAACCAGGGGAACCUUUGUGGCAUCAGCAACUUUGCUAUUUACCCUACUAUGUAAGGACAGACCAGCUCUCCUUGCCUGUCAUUGUGUCAUCUUUGUGAAAGGUAUUCUAUGUUAAUUAAUCUCAAUCAUGCUUUUAUUUUCCUAAUUUGUAUUCUUUGUAAAUUGUGUACAAUAAUAACUAAACCAUAAUAAUUCAAUGUGUUUUAAGUAGCAAAAAUGUAUGUUGUUGUAAAGAUUCUUAUAACCUUAAAUAAAAAGUACAUUUGCAAAAAAGUU